UGCCUCGGAGUAGUCCGUUUCGUUAUUGUUCUGCUCCCAACGUUCAGUCACGUCCUUUGGCGCCAUCUUCUGGACGUUUUUGGCUUCUGUCCUCCAACACAGAAGAAGAAAGUUCACGGUAACCAGGCAACCAAAGAGAAACUAUAUAACUAUCACCGCCCCGCUUGCCAACUGACGUCUGGAAAGCAACUAGCUAAUUUUAAAACACUAAUCAUCACCACUAUGUCCUUUACUACUGGUAACAACUCCAAGCCGAAGUCCAUGAGCAGAGCCAAAGGAUGGACGGCAGAAGUGGAGAACCUGUUCAGAUUCCAGCAGGCGGGCUACAGAGACGAACUGGAGUACAUACAAGUCAAACAAGGGGCUUUGAUUGACAAAUGGCCAGAGACCGGAUUUGUGAAGAAGCUCCAACGUCGAGACAACACAUUUUAUUACUACAACAAGAAAAGGGAAUGUGAGGACCGUGAUGUCCACAAAGUCAAAGUCUAUGCAUAUUAAAGUGUUCUGGACUCCAUCCAUUUAUUAUUAUAUCAUCAACAUAUACACCCCCUUUGAAGAAGAAGAUCUCUAUUUUCAAUAAAGGAAUUUUUAAAACUGCA